AGGAGAACUGUUUAAAUACCUAAUUACUUUCCAGCCAUUAACUGGACAAACAUAACGUUUUAUUAUACAUAUUAAAAAUACGUUUACAUGUUCACCUUUCCUCAACGGUCGCUCUGAUCCCAGAGCAGCUCGACUCCUCUGGAGACCGUCGGUUCUGCUCCAACAGGUUCUGUUCUCCACAAAGUCUCCUGAUGUCACGCAGCAGGAUCAUUAGCGCCUGCAGCUUCACACUGACAGCAGCUACAGCCACCAGCACCUCAGAACCUCAGGUGACUCCGUGUGGACUGCUGGACAGUGAAGAAGACGUGAGGAUGGACACAGCGCUGACCUUCAUCUUCCUCCUUAGAUGUUGGUGUGUCGGGUCUCUGCCCAGAGGACAGUCUGUCUCCUUCUCGGUGACUUUCAGUGGUGGAACUCUGCUGCUGGUGGACGUUGAAGAAGCAGCUGAACAUGAUCACAAUCAACACAAGACAACAGGUGACGCCUGUGCGUUUGCAGGUUCUGGUCCGUCUGUCCAGGUUCUGUCCUCCGUCCCGCUCUCUCAGGAUCCAGGAUCCCCUAGGCUGCUGGUCUGUCUUCUCGCUGGAUUAAACUCACCCCUGCAGGACGUCCUGUGGUGGGUCGAUGACACACCGGUGACAUCAUCAGAUUCUCAAGUCUCAUGGAUGAUGUCAGAUGGGGGCGGGGCCUACAGCGCUACCUCAGUGUGGGAGGUGUCAGCAGCAGACUGGAGGUCCAGGUCCACAUACUGGUGCGGGACAGUCCAGGAGGGACGAGUCUUCAGACAGAAGGUCUGUGGGAGGGACGAGGAUCAGCUCCACCCUGCUGCUGACACUUAGAUAACGCUCAGGUCUCUGAUCUCAGGUCAGUGAGCACAGAUUCACCUGAGGAGCUGCUGGAGGCCAGAAACAGUCCACAGACUGAACUCAUGGAUCAUCAUGUUGAUCUGAGCAGCUGACUGAUGAGAGAGUUAUUCUGUGUGUAUCAGCUGUUCAUGUCACACUCAGUGUUACUGUGAGCAUAAACAUGUUUGUUGUUGGAUUUUAAGGAAACUUGUCACCAGGUUAUUAAAGUCAAUAAAAAUUUAUGUCUCGUUUGUUCAAAACAAACAUUCAGUAAACUCACCUGUUGUUCCGCUCACCUUUACUGAGCUCUCGUGUUUCUUUGUGAAGAUUAAAACAUAAUUUAUUAUCAUUAUCAUUAUC